AUGGAGUUCAUGGCAAUUGAGGUGCUGCUUAAUAUCAACUAUAUCUAUCAGCAUAAUCUUGAGUCAUUUUUCUACAUGCUUAUCUGGCAGUGCGCCCGUAAUGGCUGGGGGAAGGAUAUUCAUUCUAGGGAUAGUAAACUUCAUGCCUGGUAUACUGGUAACUAUGAGGACAUUGUAAACAUCAAGCUUGACCAUAUGAGCAAAGACGAAAACAUAGGAUUUGGAUUCAUUUUGAGGGAGUUACCUCCAAAAUUUUGUGGUGUUGUACCUCUUUGUCAGGUCCUACAAUACUAUUCUAUUUCUUAUCUUCACAGAAAGAAAUCAAGCAGUCCGUGA